CAACAACAGGCCUUAUGGCUUACAGAUCCCCAAACUCCAUAAGGAAGUAAGGUGAGGAGGACGGACUGGAUUCAUCAUAAAGCUAGACUAACAACACACGCCAGCCUUUAUGUUAUACAGGGGACAAGGGUCACUGCUGCGCUGGCUGCUUAUAACACACAGGAUGACAGGAAAGUGCUGCGGCCCUCUCUUCCUGCUGCGUCUCACUGCAGUGGUGAUAGGUAUAAUAGGACACGGUGAGGCUGUGGAAGAAGAUGCACUGCUGGUCAGAAACCUGACAGACAAACUUCUGCAAGUGAUCCCUCAGAAUAAAAACAAUGCCAGUGUUACUGCAUUAUUGAUUGAGAGGAACCUGAUUACUCUGAAUGAGACAGACCGACAAGCCCUAGCUACCUAUCCUACCCUGGUGGAGCUACACGUGGAUGCUAAUCGUGUCACUACGGUACCUGCCAAGUACUUCUCGGUGUUACCACGCCUCAGGGUGCUGUCUCUGGCCAGGAACAACAUCAGCAGCUUGGACCCUGAGGUGUUGUCUGGCCUGGAUGCCUUACAAGAGCUGGACCUAUCCAACAAUGAACUCACUAACCUACCCACACACCUAAUUACAGGGCUAAAACAUUUACAGAGGCUGCAGCUACAGGACAACCCCUGGAACUGUUCCUGCCAGCUGCAGAGCACCGUUGGAAAGAUGAGAGCAGCAAACAUUAGUUUUGGGAGUCCACAACUGGUCUGUACAUCCCCAGCAGAACAGGCUGGAAACAAUCUUCUGAACUCCACAGAUCUGUGCUCCACAUCAACACCACCUCAUUUGUCAGUGGAGCCACAGAAAACCACACUAAUGUCCUCCCAACUCUCUCACGGCUCCUCUGCUACACUGAAGUCUUCAAGCCAGAGCUACAACACCAGCCAAGACCAGACACCCGUGCUUGGCAACACGUGGAAGUUUACGGCGUGUGUUGCAGCCCUGGCCCUAAUCACCUCCGUGCUCAUCGUCUCUGCCAUCAAGGGGCCGUCCUGGUACAAGCGUUUCCACAACUACCGCCAUCGGCGACUACAUCAAGACGACAACCAGGACGGGGAGGAAAGCGCCUCCACCAACUUCUCAGGGGAACGACGGUACCAGAGCCAUCAGACAUUCAGCUUUGAGCAGCACAACGAGCGGGUAGAGGAGGAAGAUGAUUACUUUGAGGAUCCGUACAUCAAGAGAGAAGAGUAACAUGCAAGAAGAAAAAAAAAACAUUCCCCUCAAGCGAGAAGAAGUAAAUAGUGAGACAUUGAAAAAGCCACCAAUAUAAAAGAAAAAUGCAUCACUUAAAUUGUCCCAGAGCUCUGAGCUCACAAGGGGGCUGUUGUAUGGUGAAUACAGUAUGUUGCACAUGUAGUGCUUUAAACAGGUUCUUUGAGAGCACUUUAGGUUGUAUUUCUUCUUUGCACAUAUCUCACAGUAAUACGUUGUGCUAAUUUCUAAGAUUUCUUUAUUUCAAUUGCAUAAAAAAUGUAUAUCUAUUGAGAGCUAUUAAAAUUUGCAAUGGGUUUAUUGCAUCAACUACAGAAAUUGUAUGCAUUUUAUUUAAAUUGGGUUUAGUGCAUAAACCUGAUUUUAAGCAUUUCAAACAUAUUGGAGUAAUUCAUAUUGAAUACUUACACUGGUUCUUAAGUAUUUACUUCAAAUAAGUAAAUACAUAAAUCUGUCAAUGUGUAUUUAAAACACAUUGGGUGGAUUUGUAUUUUUACUAAUACACCCAAUACAAAAAUUAAAGAUGAGAUAUACAUACAGGACUGUCUCAGAAAAUUAGAAUAUUGUGA